AUAGUGAUUAAGAUAUGCGAAUUGCGGAUCAAAUUGAAUGAAUUGAAUGAUCUGAACGAACAGUUGUAUGUUUGCGGACAUAAACUCAUUGCCGAGAAUGAGACCAAAAGCAGUUCACAACUGGUUUGCGAUCAAUGCCUCAAACGAACCAAAGCCAAGAUAUUUGCUCUCAAGAAGAAUGACAACUAUUUACUCGUCUGUCAGUUCUGUCACUUCGUUGUCCACCGUUUCUGUCAAAACAAUUUAAUGAGAAAGUGUCCGAAAGUGAUGUUUGAAGAAAGUGCUGUCACUUAUAAACAGAUGUAUAAUUCACGGGAUGUUAUCUUAAAGAUCUGUCCAGAAGUGGGUCUCUCUCACCAGGAUUUCCGGUGCGCCGAAUGUAAAGCGCUUCUCAAUCAUAGGAAUAGUUAUAUUUGUGAUUACAAUGGACUCUAUUAUUGCAAUUGUUGUCAUUUCGGUGAAUCCAAUUCAGUGGUAAUUCCCGCCCGUAUUAUCCAUAACUGGGACUUCACUCCAAAACCCAGAGUUCGCAUCGAAUUGUCUCAUAUGUCUAAAUACAUCCGUUUGUGUAAACAGCCGACAAAACCAAAGAUUUCUUUGAAAAGCUAUCUGUUUGAUGAAAAUGCGCUCAAUUCGUACUCAUUAACUGAUUUCUGCGAAUUGGAUCAACUCUUGCAGAGUGUGAACGAAGCGCACAAACUAUUUCUGGACCACAUUAUUAAUAAUUGCGAAGGAUGUCGUGGAAAGGGUUUCUUUUGCGAAUUAUGUUGCGAUAAAGACGACCUCUUAUUCCCUUUUUCAUCAAAUAUUGCUAAUUGUGUGAAGUGUUCGGCUGUUUAUCAUAAGUGA